UGACGUCAUUGCUGUGCGCCGGAAGCAGCGUGCUACUGAGCAGGCUCAGGACACACAGCCCAGGGGCUGCUCCAAGAUGACAGCUUACGUUCGGUUGUGGGGUGUCAGCCGGUGGCUGGGCCGGUCCAGGCUGGGGUUAUCCAGUGCUGCCCGUCAGAAAGCCCCCCAUACCGACAGAUCUUACUGGGUAGCCCCCCCGAGCCAGGCACGGUCAUGUUUCACCCAGGUUGCAUCAGCCAGGGCAGCCAUCAGCCGGUCAGUCCGGGCCACAGCCUCCCCGGUAACCGGUGUCCACCCUGCUCACUGCCGGGCUCUACACGACUUCGGCAACCGGGGUAACAGUGCCUUCUCGGGGGACGACGGUGCGGAGAGCGCAGGAAGCGGAGAGGAGGAGGGGGGCAGCAGCGGUGGGGAGGAUGGUGGGGGCAGCGGCGGUGGGGUGGAGGGGGCUGGGUACUCUGCACCCGUGGUUACAGCCCUCACACCCCUAAUCGUCCCAGAGGUCUUCCCUAAUGUCCCAGUGAUCGCUGUCUCCAGGAAUCCGGUGUUUCCUCGCUUUGUCAAAAUCAUAGAGGUCAAAAAUCCUAAUCUAAUGGCCCUUUUAAGACGGAAAGUCCGCCUGGCCCAGCCAUAUGCAGGAAUCUUUCUUAAAAAGGAUGAUAGCAACGAAUCGGAUGUGGUUGGAAGCCUGGAUGAAAUUUAUAACACUGGAACCUUCGUACAGAUCCAUGAGAUGCAGGACAUGGAGGAUAAGCUUCGGAUGAUCGUCAUGGGACACAGAAGAAUACGUAUCAACAAAGAGCUUGACGUGGAAGCUGAGGAGACAAAAGGUGAAGAAAAGAAGGAAGGAAAAAGGAAAGGACGUCAUGCUGCAUCACAGCUGUUAAAGGAGAUGGAGAGACGGGAACAGAUGGUGAUUGACCCAAAUACACCUGCCGGGCUUCUCAUGGUGGAAGUAGACAAUGUGGUCCAUGAGGAAUUCCAGAACACUGAGGAAGUCAAAGCACUCACUGCUGAAAUCGUAAAGACCAUUCGUGAUAUCAUUGCACUAAAUCCACUUUACAGAGAAUCUGUAAUGCAGAUGAUGCAGGCUGGGCAGAGAGUGGUGGACAAUCCUAUCUAUUUGAGUGACAUGGGGGCAGCACUAACUGGAGCAGAGUCCCAAGAGUUGCAGGAUGUGUUGGAAGAAACCAAUAUACCAAAGCGUCUUUACAAAUCUCUUUCACUGUUGAAGAAGGAAUAUGAGUUGAGCAAAUUGCAGCAAAGGCUAGGCCGCGAGGUGGAAGAGAAAAUAAAACAGACACACAGGAAAUAUUUGCUGCAGGAACAGCUGAAGAUUAUCAAGAAGGAGUUGGGAUUAGAGAAGGAAGAUAAAGAUGCCAUCGAGGAAAAGUUUAGGGAGCGCCUGAAGGAGCUCACCAUCCCCAGCCAUGUCAUGGAAGUCAUUGAUGAAGAACUCGGAAAGCUGGGGCUGCUUGACAAUCACUCUUCCGAAUUUAAUGUUACGAGAAACUACCUGGACUGGCUGACAUCCAUCCCCUGGGGCAAGUACAGCAAAGAGAAUCUGGAUCUGAAGCGAGCAGAGGAGGUUCUAGAAGAGGACCAUUAUGGGAUGGAAGAUGUCAAGAAGAGAAUACUGGAGUUCAUAGCUGUUAGCCAGCUACGUGGAAGUACCCAGGGUAAGAUCCUUUGCUUCUAUGGACCUCCCGGAGUAGGGAAGACCAGCAUUGCCCGCUCUAUUGCCCUUGCACUGAACAGGGAGUACUUUCGGUUCAGUGUAGGAGGCAUGACUGAUGUGGCUGAGAUUAAAGGCCAUAGGAGAACAUAUGUGGGUGCUAUGCCAGGAAAGAUCAUUCAGUGCCUGAAGAAGACUAAAACUGAAAAUCCACUGAUUCUUAUUGAUGAGGUGGACAAGCUUGGACGUGGUUAUCAAGGAGACCCUUCCUCUGCUCUCUUAGAGCUUUUGGAUCCAGAGCAGAACUCCAACUUUUUGGAUCAUUACUUAGAUGUCCCUGUUGAUUUAUCCAAGGUUCUCUUUAUUUGCACAGCCAAUGUCACAGAGACUAUUCCAGAGCCUCUGAGGGAUCGGAUGGAGAUGAUCAAUAUCUCUGGCUACGUGGCCCAGGAGAAGCUGGCCAUAGCGGAGAGGUACCUGGUACCACAGGCACUGACAAUGUGUGGAUUGAGUGAGGAGAAGACUCGCAUUACACCGGAGGCACUGACUGUACUCAUUAAACAAUACUGCAGAGAGAGUGGCGUCCGGAACCUGCAGAAACAGGUUGAGAAGGUCCUGCGGAAGUCUGCAUUCAAGAUAGUGAAUGACGAAGCCCAAUUUGUUGAGGUGACAGAAUCGAACCUGCAGGAUUUUGUUGGAAAACCGAUUUUCACCGUGGAUAGGAUGUACACUGUCACGCCCCCCGGUGUUGUUAUGGGUCUGGCAUGGACAGCAAUGGGUGGCUCCACGCUAUUCAUUGAGACAUCCCUUCGGCGGCCACUGGAUAAAGAGUGCAAGGAUGGCUCACUCGAGGUGACAGGACAACUUGGAGAUGUCAUGAAGGAAAGUGCAAAGAUCGCCUACACUUUUGCUCGUGCCUUCCUAAUGAAGAAAGACCCAGAAAAUACUUUCUUGGUAACCUCACAUAUCCAUUUGCAUGUUCCAGAGGGUGCAACUCCAAAGGACGGCCCAAGUGCAGGCUGCACCAUCAUCACUGCUCUGCUGUCGCUUGCGUUAGGAAUCCCAGCUCGCCAGAAUGUGGCAAUGACGGGAGAGGUGUCUCUUACUGGCAAGAUCCUACCGGUGGGGGGCAUCAAGGAGAAAACAAUUGCUGCUAAAAGAGCAGGAGUUACCUGUAUCAUCCUUCCUUUAGAGAACAAAAAGGAUUUCUAUGAUCUGGCCACAUUCAUCACCGAAGGGCUGGAAGUACAUUUUGUUGAGAACUACGAAGAGAUCUACGACAUUGUGUUUCCAACGCCUUGACAUCAUCCCACCUCCAUUUCGGUGUCACAGCCACUGGAAUAGCAGAUUUGAAGUUGCUGCUGCGCAGCUCUAGAUAUUUCAUUAUAACCAAAUUUACAAUUUAUCUUAGUGUAUAUGGUAUUCGUGUAAUUAUUAAAAUAAAAUAAUUUUAAGUA